AUGCUGAGGUUCAGGGUAGGUAGGCAUAGCCGCAUAGAAUUCCCCGACGAGGUGGACACACCUGACGACAUCCCGGCCCGCCAGCGCUUUGCCAAGUACCGCGGACUCAAGUCCUUCCGCUCCUCGCCGUGGGACCCCAAGGAGUCCCUCCCCCCCGAAUACGCGCGCAUCUUCUCCUUUGACAACUGGAAAAGGACGCAGAAGGCCGCGGAGGAGCGGGCGGCAGCAGUGGAUCGGGGCGAGGUGCCCGGGUCGGUUGGGGCGGGGACGUUUGUCAGGUUGCACAUUAUGAACGUGCCAUGCUUCGAAGCAGAGCGUCUGCAGCACGAGGUGACCAAACGUGGGCUGCCACUUGUCGUGACGGGGCUGCUGCAGCACGAGACGCGCAUGACAGUGCUGCACUUCUCAGUCAAGAAGUCCGACUCCUUCGCCCCCGCCAUCAAGUCCAAGCAGCGCCUCCUCUUCCACUGCGGCUUCCGAAGGUUCUACUCUCGCCCCACCUUCUCAACGGAUGACAUCAAUCUCGAUAAGCACAAGUUCGAGCGCUUCCUGCACCCCGGAAGGUUCGCGGUAGCUUCCAUCUUCGCACCCACGCUCUUCCCGCCGCUCCCCCUCCUCGUCUUCGCCGACCCGUCUGCGGCCAAUCAGCACACAGGAGAGGGUGUGGGGGGAGGGAGUGUAGGAGGGAGUGUGGUGGGGGGAAGUGUGGUGGGGGAGGGCGAGGAGCUGCAGCUGGCGGCAACAGGGGCUUUAAGAGGGCCGGACCCCGAUCGGAUCAUCCUCAAGAAGAUUGUGCUGUCGGGCUACCCCGUGUCAGUGAUGAAGCGCAAGGCAGUGGUGCGAUACAUGUUCCACCAGCCAGAGGAUGGCAGGUGGUUCCAGCCAGUGGAGCUCUUCACCAAGUACGGCCGGAGGGGGCGCAUUCGCGAGCCUGUGGGCACCAAAGGAGCAAUCAAGUGUGUGUUCGAUGGGGUGGUGCAGCAGCGCGAUGCCGUCUGCAUGGCUCUCUACAAGCGAGUCUACCCCAAGUUCCCCGUCCUGCCAGCCUCUCUUUGA